CUAUAAGACCAAGCAAUAAAUUCAAAUGGUUAUAUAAAUAACCAACAUAAUGAUUAAACAAAGAAAUCCGUUUGAACGUAAUAAUAGCAUCGGUGUUAAGAGAUCCACACUACCAUAUCCUGCCUUUGCAAGGAGAACCAGAAAUGUCCACUAAUGAUAGCACGUGAAGGCUUUGUCUACAUGCAUUGCGUGUGUUGUUUCAUGUUGCGUUACUAGAUAUUGAAACUAUGAUGCCAUACCAUUCAUGAUUUAGAGCGUGAGACCAUAACAUGAAGAUGUAUUUUGCAAAUGAUUCAUUCAACCGUCAACGGCAAUGGUCGUUAUCAGUCGUCGAAACAGCUUGAUAUGGCCAACAAUUUUUUGUUUCAUUCCACCGUUAGUACGCAGUGAUAUAACACAUGGAGGCAAUAAUGAGGCAGAUGUGGACAGCAUUAGCAAGAGCGUUGAUUCGUUGUUUAGUGAUACGUUGCACGAUGUGUCUGGCUCUACGAUAACGCAUUUCAGGGAGGUUAGCCUCAUUACGUUCUUCCUUAUUCUUGUUAUGACCCUUGGAUUGGGUUUUUGUGUUGCAUUGCUGAUCAGCGUGACGAUAUCUGGAACAACGAAUACCAUUGGAGGUGAUGAACCAUGGGGACCAAGUACAUUGACCGUGUUGAUCUUUGUGUUUUACAGCCUACUUCACAUUUUGGGUGUGAGGAGCGGCUACGUGGGAAAACCCAUCACGUGGUGGCAGAUAGCCUUCGUAUCUUGUGGUUUCCUAGCGGUCAUAUUGACUUGUGCACUGACAUUGAUUUCGUUUCAAAUUGAAUAUAAUAAAAGGACAAAUUAUGCUGCCUUGUUUCUCAGGUCAAUUGAUUUUUUUUAUAGGCUCACGGUUAGUUUGUUUAAAGAAAAGGUGGUUUCUUACAUGGCGUCUUUUGAUGAGAUUGUGGAUGUUAUGAAGGCGAUGGCACCGAUCAACUAUCUGCUGUUGAUCGGGUUUUGCGUUACUGCUUAUAAUGUUUCAAUCUGUUAUAUACCAUGGGACACAUGGGAAGGCGUGUUGAUUUUGUUGGCUGCUUCCACAAUUGGAAUAUUGGUUGUAAUACUUCUGGUAUUUCACCGCAUGGAUAAAGCGAAGCAGACUCUGACGUGGCCUUUGUGCGCCAUGGAAAUGUUGUUUUCCAUGUUGAUCCCUUUCUAUAUUAAAUGGAAGCAACCUUUUAAAGGUUAUUACUCCUUCUACAAACUAAUUUUUUCCGUGUGGGAUGCCAUUUAUGUAUUGUAUGUGGCAAUAAUCACGAUGAUAAUGUUAACAGUCCUGAUUGGAAUAUAUCGUCUAAGAGUUGAGGUUAAUGACCAUGGAAAGUACGGAGUACUGUAUCCCCUGAUUACACUCCAAUCGUCUUUGACAAUCGUAUUAAUAGCCUAUAUAAAAUACAAACCUCCUUUUGGGCAUCAUUUUGAUCGCGACAAUAUUGCUUGUGCUACAUUGAUGAUACUUGGUGCAUCAACUUUGGUUGGACUGGGAAUGGUAAAAUGUGGCCAUCAGGGCUGUAUCAGUAGAGAGAACAAUAGCACUACUCACUGUAGUUAUUAUUUUUGCGCAUACGGUUUGUUAAUACUUGGCAUAGGUGGCUACUACGGUUCAGAUUAACCACGUGUUGCAGCAGAAACGAGACAUUCAGUUUUUGGAUGACAUGCCAUUUAUUUAACAAUGGACAUUG